AUGCCACCUUUUUCCAAACAAAAAAGAAAAACAAAAGAUCAACCACGAACAGCAAAUGUUAUCACAUUUACCGAUGAUAAUAGUUUAUCCAAUUCUUUUGGUAAUAACCCCUGUGAUGAUCCUGAUUUUGGUGAUGACAGUGACAAUUCUUCAGGUUCUGGUGAUAAUAUUAAUGAUAUAUCGGCUAGUAAUGGUGAUGGUAAUAGUGAUGAUAAUGGUGAAUGGGAUGAUCCAGAGGAAAUGGAAGCUGAAAUUAAGCUUAAUCAAAGAUUAAAAAAUUCGGUUUAUAAUACUCAAUCUACCAAAUCACAAAUACUUAAGCUUGAUAUAUUAGAAGAUUCCUCAA